AUGCAACACGCCACCUGCACUAAGAUUCGUGUUAGGUCGCCCUCAAAUGCUCGCGUCAUUUUCCACGGUGUCGUUCUAGACAUCCUACCGAUGGUGACCCGACGGUUGGACACCGAGGAGAGGAGUCUGAUUUCACCAGGCCAUGUGUAUGUUUGGGAGGAACGGGGACCACACGCUGAACUGACAGGAGUAUUCGAUGGGGGCCGUCGAGAGUCCGAGAGGGUUUCUUAUUCUACCAUGAGAAACAAGAAUCAGGUCACUUCUAUUCAGACAGCCUGUACGACCUGCCACUCCGCGUGUUGUUGGCCCCCUUCUCACUCACCCCCCUUUUCUCCCUCAAGCGAUUAUUCUCGGACAAUUCUCAUAAAGCAAACAUACACAGUGUUCGUGGACACACCAAGGGGACAACGGAAAUGGCACCUCAUCGCCUAUUUCACUGAGGAAUCCCUUGAUAGACUGCGAUCUAUCGAAGACAUUCCUGAGUUGGCGUCAUUGCGCGUACCUCAUGGGAAGUACAAAAGUGCAAGAUCUGCCAAAGGCAGGCCUGAUCAUAUCUUCAACCCUGAGAGCGAAAGCCGGGAAUUCUCGCGAUUGGAGUAUGUCCCGUACACGCCUAACCCCAGGAGUGCUUCUGACAAUCCAGAGCCACCGGCGACUAACCGACCUUCAACAUGGAUUGAUCUGCCAUUGAGGGAUCACAAGGGAUCCACAAAGAGCGGCUCUGCAAGUUCUGCCUCAGAUGACAAUCCCAACCGCUUGGCGCCCCUAACUUAUUUAGAAAAUAUUCCUCCACCUCGACGUCAUCCCAUGGAUGAGAAGGCUUUGAUGCUUUUUCAAGCGUAUGGCUUAUGGGUUUGA